ACAAUCUUUCGACAGAGGAAGGAAGAACAAAGUGUGUGUCUUUCUGUCUGUAUCUUCUUAGAUGAGAGAUAUCACCGAUUCACCAUUACCGUCGAUCCUUACAACUUACACCGUACCUGUAAAUGCAGUGUUUAGAUGAACAAGGAAAGAUCUGAUCAGAUCCACCUGAACUCCCAUCUCUCUCUGUAUCUGUGUCUGUGUCUGUACUUGAAUCGAACUCUGAAAAAAGGCGUUAUUUGAUCCUGUUGGUGAAACGCUUUAUGUUUUUAUCGAUUCGAGUGAAAAAAAGUUUGGUUAUUCUGUUGUGAGAUCUCGAUCUAGGGUUUCGGAAGGAUUCGUCCUUCACUCUGUGGUUGGUGUUCUGUAAUUGCAUGAAGAUUUGGUGUUGUUUGUGUUUCGACGAAGAAGAAGAAGAGGAGAAGGUAAUGAGUAGGAAGGUUUACAGAAGUGAACUACAGUUAGAGGAUAUGGAAGACCAUGAGGCUGAGGCUGAGGCUGAGGUGACUUUGUCUGGUUUAUUGUCACAGCUAGGUGAAGUAGAUGCUGACUUUGCUGAGACGGUGAGUUUACUACGCGCUAGCGAUGUUGGUGGACUUGGUUAUUCUGCUGAUUUUUCGCGAUUAGCAUCCAGUAGUAGUAAUGUUAACAUGGGUUUGGGUCUUGGAGAAGAACCCUCAUCUUCUUCUUCUUCUUCAGCUGCGCUGGUUAGAGAGGAAUUUGAUCUGGAUCCUCUGAAUAAACGCCCGAAAGUUCAUCGAAUUAAACUGCAGAAUAAAGAGUCGGCUUUACUGUCAAGUGAUUGGUAUACUCAGCAUCCAGUUACAAUGAUACUAGAGGAUGUGGAUUGUAAUCAGAACCGUGUAGUUCAUAGAACUGAUAAAUGUUCCUUUAAGGAGAAGAUGCAUUUGGUCUCUUCAAUGUUCAAUGUUAGGGGUACUGGAGAAGAUUAUAAUAAUGCUGCUGUUGUCGGAAGUAGCGCUAUAGUGGAUGAGAGUAAUGAUCCGGGAUUUGAAAAUUUAGAAACCAGGAUGGAUCUUACUGAUGACUUACUGCAUAUGGUAUUUUCUUUCUUGGAGCACAUUGAUCUUUGUGGGGCAGCUAUGGUCUGCAAACAAUGGCGUGCAGCUAGUGCUCAUGAAGAUUUUUGGCGAUUGCUUAAUUUUGAGAAUCGUAAAAUAUCUCUGGAACAAUUUGAGGAUAUAUGCAGAAGGUAUCCAAAUGCCACUGACGUGAAUAUCUUUGGUGCCCCUGUUAUUCACUCCCUUGUGAUGGAAUCAGUUUCAUCAUUAAGGAAUCUGGAUAGAUUAACUGUGGGCAAGGGACAACUAGGUGAAACCUUUUUCCAAGUCCUGACAGAUUGCCAUUCUUUGAGGAACUUAAUCAUCAACGAUGCAACUCUUGGCAAUAGCAUUCAAGAAAUACCAAUAAGCCAUGAUAGAUUGAGACAUCUUCAGAUUGUGAAGUGCCGCGUGCUUCGAAUUUCAGUCAGGUGCCCCCUGCUUAAAACUUUGUCUUUGAAACGUAGUAGUAUGGCACACGCUGCACUCAAUUGUCCUCUUUUGCAUGAUCUUGAUAUCGCCUCUUGCCACAAGCUCUCGGAUGCUGCUAUUAGAUCAGCUGCAACAUCGUGUCCACUUUUAGAAUAUCUAGAUGUGUCAAACUGUUCCUGUGUUACUGAUGAAACAUUGCGUGAAGUUGCUUCUAAUUGUAGCAGUGUUCAUAUCCUCAAUGCAUCUUACUGCCCUAACAUCUCACUUGAGUCUGUAAGAUUGCUGAUGUUGACAGUUCUUAAGCUACACAGCUGCGAUGGUAUAACUUCUGCUUCAAUGGCGUCCCUUGCAUAUAGUUCUAUGUUGGAGGUAUUGGAGCUUGAUAAUUGCAAUUUAUUGGCAUCAGUUUCCUUGGAUCUUACCCACUUGCAGACCAUACGACUUGUGCACUGUCGCAAGUUCGUAGAUCUGAAUUUGUGUAGCAAAAUGCUGACAUCCAUAACUGUGUCAAAUUGCCCCUCCCUUCUACGCAUCAGCCUCACAUCUAAUUUGCUACAAAAAUUAGUUCUCCAGAAGCAAGAGAGCUUAACCACUUUAGCACUUCAAUGUCAGUGCUUGCAAGAAGUGGACCUUACCGAUUGUGAAUCCCUAACAAACUCUAUAUGUGAAGUUUUCAAUGAUGGUGGUGGAUGUCCUAAGCUAAGAUCACUAGUUCUUGAUAACUGUGAGGGCUUGACGGCUGUUGUAUUCCGCAAUACUUCCUUGAUCACUCUUUCUCUUGCUGGUUGUCGGGGUAUUACUUCUCUAAAGCUAACAUGUCCUCGUCUUGAGAAAGUCUCUUUGGAUGGUUGUGAUCAUCUUGAAAUUGCGUCAUUUUGCCCUGUUGGUCUUCAGUCACUUAAUUUAGGCAUAUGCCCAAAACUAAGUGUACUUCAUAUUGAAGCACCGAAUAUGGUGGUUCUUGAGUUGAAAGGAUGUGGAGUGCUGUCAGAAGCAUCAAUUAAUUGUCCUGUCUUAAAUUCCCUCGAUGCUUCCUUCUGCAGCCAACUCAUGGAUGACUGCAUAUCAGCAACAACUGCUUCAUGCCCUCUGCUUGAGACGCUAGUAUUAAUGUCAUGCCCAUCUAUUGGCCCUGACGGGUUAUCUUCCUUGUGUCAGCUUUCACGUUUAACCUCACUUGAUUUGUCAUACACUUUCUUGGUCAACUUGCAUCCUGUUUUCGAUUCUUGUUUGCAGCUAAAGGUACUGAAAUUACAAGCAUGCAAAUAUCUUCCCGAUUCAUCUUUAGAACCUCUAUAUAAAGGCGGCGCAAUUCCUAGCCUAUGUGAGCUUGACUUAUCGUAUGGAACCCUCUGUCAGUCUGCCAUUGAUGAUCUUCUAGCUUGUUGUACUCAACUCACACAUUUGAGUUUGAAUGGAUGUGUAAAUUUGCAUGAUCUGAACUGGGGAUUUAAUAUACCAAGUUUUGGAAGUCAGUUGUCGGCCCAGCAGCCUAACCGCAUGUUGCAAAACCUUAACUGUGUUGGGUGUCCAAAUAUUAAGGAAGUUCGAAUUCCUCCUGCAGCUUGUUGCUUUCAUUUGUUAUCGCUAAAUCUCUCUCUCUCUAAUAACUUGAAAGAAGUUGAUGUGGCUUGUCCCAAUCUCAGCUGUCUUAACUUGAGCAAUUGUUACUCAUUGGAAGUUUUAAAACUGGACUGUCCUAAGCUGGCUAGCCUCUCUCUUCAGUCGUGCAACAUUGACGAAGAAACAGUUGGAUCAGCUAUUUCAGAGUGCAGCUUAUUGGAAACACUUGAUGUCCGUUUUUGUCAAAAGAUAUACUCUGUUAACAUGGGGAGAUUAAGGGCUGCAUGCCCUAGCCUCAAACGCGUUUACAGCAGCCUAUCUUCGACUUCUUCACUUGGUUGAAGAAAGAAUAUAUGGACUUUGGGUAAUGUGGGCUUUUCUCUUUAUUAUAUUUUCACUCAAUCAUCAAGCUUAUAUAUAAAUACUAAUAGUUGAAUGUAAUUUGGACAAUAAGCAUUCUACAGAUAAAGAUCUUUAUUAGCUUUUUUGUUAAGAGUUUUUUAAGUAUUUUACGCAUUAUAGCAACCUAAACGCUCAGUUUUGUUGCGUGUGUAUUUGAUCCGACCCUUCUAUUAUUGUAUUUAUAUUGAUGUUGUAUUUUGUAAAUAGUGUUAAGUUCAUAUUUACGAGAGUAAGGGAAGAUUUCAAUAUU